UUUACUAUAUAUUUAACCCAGUAGCCUCUUAUAUAUUCUGUGUCUUCUUCACAUAUCGUUCUCUCUCAAAAGAGCUUCUUAUUGGUAGUGAGCCAUUAAAAAAAAAAAAAAGAGAGAGAGAACUUUUAGACAAAAGGGCAUUGGAUAUAAGCAAGUGUUUGGCGGUUUGUUUUUUUUUAUUUUUUUAUUUUAUCAAACACAUUUACAAUGGCUAGAAUUCCUGUGAGGUUUGAGAGGGUAGCAGCUGCAUUCAACGACGCGUCUUCACGGGUUAGACUCUGCGAGAGCAGUGGGAGCGAGCACUCACCAUCAGCAGAGAGUCUCACUGAUUUAUCAGAUCUUGUCAAGUCGUUCAUUGAAAGAGAUGGCAGAGUAGUUUUUUAUAUGGAUGAUGAUCAAGUUGAUCAGCAGCAAAUGGAAAAAGACCAACUUGAGCAUUCGGAUUGGUCUGAUUCUGAAACAAAGGAUGUGCUUCAGAAUCUAUUUGGUUCCGAUGAUGACGAUGACAGUGAUCGUGAUGUGAAGCAAAAACUUCGUGCUGAGGUUGAAUUUGCUAGUGGGCUUACCGGCGACAUGUCGUCCACUGGGUUUAAACGACAACUGAUGGCUCGUUUACGUGACAGCGGUUUCGAUGCUGGCCUUUGCAAAUCCAAGUGGGAGAAAACUGGACGAUUCCCGUCUGGGAAUUACGAAUAUAUUGAUGUUAAUGUAAAUGGAAACCGCUACAUAGUUGAAGUUUCACUUGACAGACAAUUUGAAAUUGCUCGUCCCACUGAUCAAUAUGCCUCAUUGCUCAAUGUUUUCCCAAGGAUAUUUGUGGGUAAAGUGGAAGAGCUAAAGAAGAUUGUGAAGCUGAUGUGCAGGGCUAUUAAAGAGUCCAUGAAAGGCGUGGACUUGCAUGUACCACCGUGGAGAAGAAAUGGUUACAUGCAGGCAAAGUGGUUUGGUAAUUACAAGCGGACCACCAAUGAAGUUCCUUCAAAAAAUGCACAAUAUGGUGAGGCUGUUACUGGAAAAAGAUCAGUUGGAUUUGAGGCCAAGCCAUCAAUAUCUUACUAUUGCAGAGAAGAUUUUGCAAGCAAGGUUGGUUUAAGAGUUGGACAUUUGACUUCUGUGUUUAAUGGCAAUGUCAAUGGCAUGGGCUUGCAGUUGUAGCAAUGUGAAAGAACUAGUAGGAUUGCUUUCAAUUUGGAGAGCGGUUUAGGGUGUUAAAUUUUUUGGAAGAGAUUAUUCCAGAAUAUAUAUAUGUUCUUAAAUUAUUCCAUUUCCUUGUUGAUUUUUUUGCACCCUUGUCUACCGAAAGUGGAACUUGUAGCAUACAGUUGUAGUAUAUUUGGCCUUUUUGUUUAUAGGCAUGCAUUUGUACGUAGGUAAUUGGAACUUGUAAAGAAAAUUUUGGAGGAUUGAGAUUCUGACUAAGGACCAAUUAAGGUUUACCUUAUUUGAAGAAAUCUCUA